GCUGUAUGCAGCCUUGACAUUUACUCUACAGCGACCAAGGCUUUGUGCUAUUUUAUUUCUGACAGCAGGUGAAAUUGUGGCCUCCACAUAGGCUUUGAAAAAUCAUAUGAGCCAUAUUUGAAAAAAAACAACAUUUUAACCUCUUAUUCUGUGCUAGAAAUCAUGCUCUAUCUUGUGUGUGCUCUACCCCUCUGCAGACAAUACACAAUUGCAAUAAUAAUGUUUGAAAUGGCCAGUACAGAUUGAGAAUGCAUGUUUCAGAAUGAGAUUGCAUGUUUCACUGAUACGGGAAGCAAGUGUCGGAUUUUGGCAGAAUCUGAAGUGCCCCCCACCUGCCCACCCCCCCACCCCACCCCCUGAGCCAGUGACAGCUCCUUUACCCCUCCCCUGCACCCCUGGCCAAACAUACCACUUGAGAGCUCCUAAUAUAGACCCAACUGCUUUGUAGGAAAGGGUAAAGAACUGAGCGGAGCCACCAGCAGUCUUUUGAGUUUGCUGCUCUGAAAACAACUUUUUCAUGGACACACAACAGAAUUAUGGAGCCCCCUUCACAGGUGUCAUUCCCAGAAAAGAAGAAGGGAAUACAGAAACAAGAGGCUGAUGUCACCGUCUACAUGAACUUCAUGAAGAGCCACUGCUGCUAUGAAGCCAUUCCAACCAGCUCUAAACUGGUCAUAUUUGAUACCACACUACAAGUGAAAAAGGCCUUUUUUGCACUGGUGGCAAACGGCUUGAGGGCUGCGCCUCUGUGGGACAGCAAGCUACAGAGAUUUGUGGGUAUGCUGACUAUUACGGAUUUCAUCAACAUCCUCCAUUGCUAUUACAAGUCUCCUAUGGUUCAGAUGUAUGAGCUGGAGAGCCACAAGAUUGAGACAUGGAGAGGUGAUUCAUUUCAAAAUGUCUAUUUACAGUAUUCCAAUCACUUCCUCAUAAGUAUUUCUCCAGAGGCUAGCCUCUUCGAUGCCAUCUAUUCCUUACUCAAACAUAAGAUCCACAGGCUGCCCAUCAUCGACCCAGCAUCUGGAAAUGUCCUGCAUAUCCUGACCCACAAACGAAUCCUCAAGUUCCUUCAUAUAUUUGGGAGAAGGGUUCCUAAGCCCGCGUUCAUUCAUGGGCAGAUCCAGGAGCUUGGGAUCGGAACUUUCAGGAACAUCGCCACUGUUCAGCAAACAGCAUCACUUUAUGAUGCCCUCUCUAUAUUUGUGGACAGGCGGGUGUCUGCGCUGCCGGUGGUGGACCAACAAGGCAAGGUGGUGGCACUCUACUCCAGAUUUGAUGUGAUUAACCUAGCAGCCCAGAAGAGCUACGGCAAUCUGGACAUGACUAUGCUGGAAGCCGUUCGCAGGCGCACGUGUUUUGUGGAGGGAGUCAUCAAGUGCUAUCCUGAUGAAACCCUGGAGACUAUCAUAGACCGUAUCGUCAAAGCAGAGGUCCAUCGGCUGGUCCUGGUGGACAGGGCUGAUGUGGUGAGGGGCAUCAUCUCUCUGUCUGACCUGCUGCAGGCCAUGGUCUUAACCCCUGCAGGUAUCGACGCCCUUUUGUCCUAGCACCAGGGGACACUUCACUCCUUUACCACCCGUGUAGACAUGAGCCCCGGCCAUGUACCCAGGCAGAAAUCGCCACGUGAUCGAAGUGAGAGAUCACAAGAGGAAGAAAAAUUCCCCACCUGUGCUGUUGUUUACAUUCAGAUUCCUUCCAUGAUCUGUGUUAAAUUCAAGUAACAAUAACGGACAGUCAGCUGACCUUGAUAUUGUGAUGAAUCUCUGUAGGUCUCCAGCACCAUAUUGGCUGCAUUUGAUCAAAUUGAUCAAUAUAUGUUUACUCAAUACGGUAAAUUUCUGUGCUGUAUCAUUGUACCAUUUUCAUUUUCAUCAUCACAUUUGUAUCCGAAAUUGCUGGUGUAUGUUUUUUUUCAAAGUACAUCCCCCUUGAGAAAUACAAUAUGUGAAAUAUG